GUUUCAGGAUUGAUCUUCUCCAAUGGCCAAAUAUGGAAGGAGCAAAGAAGGUUUGCCCUGAUGACACUGAGGAACUUUGGCUUGGGAAAGAAGAGCUUAGAGCAGCGCAUGCAGGAAGAGGCCUAUCACCUAGUGGAAGCCAUAAGAGAGGAAGGAGGAAAACCUUUCAACCCUCACUUCAGUAUCAACAAUGCAGUUUCCAAUAUCAUUUGCUCUGUCACCUUUGGGGAGCGCUUUGAGUAUCAUGACAGUAGGUUUCAGGAGAUGCUGAGGUUGCUGGAUGAGGUUAUGUAUUUGGAGACAACAAUGAUAAGUCAGCUCUAUAAUAUCUUUCCAUGGAUAAUGAAAUAUAUUCCUGGAUCACAUCAAAAAGUUUUCAGAAACUGGGAAAAACUGAAAUUGUUUGUCUCCUGUAUGAUUGAUGAACACCGGAAAGACUGGAACCCUGAUGAACCAAGAGACUUCAUUGAUGCUUUCCUCAAGGAAAUGACAAAGUGCCCAGAUAAGACUACAAGUUUCAAUGAAGAAAAGCUCAUCUUCAGCACUCUGGACCUCUUCUUUGCUGGAACAGAAACAACAUCGACAACACUGCGCUGGGCUCUGCUGUACAUGGCCCUCUACCCAGAAUCCAAGACUGCAUGAGACAAAGCCAAAUUC